AUGGAAACUGCAGCGGAGGAAAAUACAGAACAAAGCCAAGAGAAAAAAGGUACCCAGAGGACCGAACAAUAGACUGUUUAAAUCUUUUUAAGAACCUUAAGUGAAAAGAUUUAGGCUAUGUUUGUCACUCUCUUUAGAGCAGUGCUUAAAUUAUCAUUAUGGCAUCUUCUAGCUUCCAGUGGUUUUUAUGCUGUAUGGCUUGACAGCAGAUUAAUGGAACAGCCAUCUCUCCCAACAUCUCUAAGUUGGUGUUUUCAGCCAUCUCGAAUCCCAUGAAAAAACCCGGACUGCAUUUUUUGCAGUUUAGAGGGAAAUUGUGUGUGUGUGUGUACGUACAUACAUACAUACAUGCCUUAUUCACACAUUUUGAGUCUGAUGGUAGGGGUUUGGGUGAUCCAGUAUUACUGUAACAGGAAGCUUUCUGCCAGUGUAGACAUAAUGGCUUGUUUUCUUUUUCUUUCUUGUACAGCACUUAUGUGUUGCAUUUCUAUAAUAUUUGGGGGAAGAGAAUGAGGCAGUAAUAUUAUGCAAAUAAUUAAAGUGCACAGUAGUGUUUGGGGGCAAAUGUUCCAACUGAAAGACUUACAGACCAGAAAAUGGCAUUGUGGCAAGAGAAUCAAAUCUGAAUGUUGCUGGUUGUUGUUAUUCUUAAAGAUCAAUGAAACAAAGUUAACAGCCUGCAUUAUUUCAUUCGAUUGCACUUCUCUGUAGCAGGCUAGUGUAGUUAUUUAGAAACUUUGCAGCCAUUGACACUUGUAUAAAACCACUGACUUGAAAGGGAAUGAGCACACACUAAAGGAUUGGUUCCAGUAUUUUAUCUUGUUUGAGAAAUUUUAAAACUUAAAGGACCUGUUAUAUAUAUUGUUACUAGUGGUUUCUUUGUAUUUCUUCCUAAAUUGCUAAUUAAUACUUCUAAAUUAAUGGUUUCGAGUGUCCGGAAAAGAAUCUGUUAGUUAAAUGUACAGUGAUGCGAUACAUAUUCCGCAAAUUUUAAUUGUGUUGCUCAGUGAAACAUCAUUUCCUUCACCACACCACCCUUGCAAAGAAAGUUAAUUGGUGGCAUCUAAAGAACUGCUUAGCCUUUACACCAGUUUGAUGGGAUGGAUAUAAUCUAUCUAUCUAUCUAUCAUCUAUCUGUCUAUCAUCUAUCAUAUCUAUACUAUAUCUAUAUAUCUCAGUGCCAUAUCGCAAACCCCUAUUGAAAGUUUUCUGUAUUCCAGAAGCAGUUUGCUCUGCAACUUGGGAUGGGUGUUGUGUCGCUGUUUAAGAAACACAAGUGCGAAGUCCGCUGAAGCUCAUAGUCUUUUUGAUCAUGGCCCAUGUCUAAAGCAUUUCAGGACUAGUGUCAUGUAUGUGCCUUUAAACAUCACCUAAGCUUGCGGAGUCUUUCUACCUUUAAGAUGACACUUCUGAUUUUGCUAUUGUAUCCUGACUUUAGCUGGUUUGCUAGAUUGCAUGGACUUAUUUGGAAGUAUACCAUUUUCCCUUGAUCGUCUGUAAAGGGUGCGGCUUAUAAAGUCUUUAAAAGAAAGUAAUCACCCACGUUAUGAUGUUCCCCCUUGUAGAAUGGGUUAGGUUUACAAAGAUAAAUAAAAUAUGAAUAGCUCCCCUCACCUAAAACUCAGACCAGACUCUGACUAUUUAUGCUUUGGGUAUUAUUACUAUUUUUAAAAAAAUUAUUUGCAUUUCUAAAUGGCUAUUUCGGAGACAUUCCUAACUGAAAUUAAGAGGAUGUAAGCAUUUUACUAGGCUUUGAAAUCCUGUCAGGUUUUUUUUCUCUUUCAUUUUUUAGAAUAGAAUUUAGAUAUGCAUAAUUUCUUUGGAUGGUGUUUUAGAUUUUGUUUGUAGUAUUUAACACCCAAUGACCUUUAUGGAUAUUACUGUGGGUUGUUUUUCCAACCCCCUUUGUAGUAUUAUUUACAAGACACAUAAGAAUUUUGUACUGCUUUCAGGUGUAUGACACACCAUGGGAACUUAAUAUGGAGAAAAAAUUCAAUACACAAACCCUUUCACACUGUUAAAACCUGUAUCAAAAUCCCUAGACUUUUUUUUUUUUUAAGUAAUGCAAAUGUUUUCUAAAUAACAUGACUUUAAAAAAUGUAAUUGCGUCGAUUUAAAAGAAAACCUGUCUUAAAUUGUAGCAUAUUUUUUCAUUGGUCAUCUCUAUGAAGCAAUUGUUGGUGUGUUAUCGAAAUGUCAUAUAUUGAACACGGAUAUCUGCACACUUGUCACUGUUAAAAUAAAUAGUUUUGAUUAUUUAAAACAUCCCCUUGUAUGCAAAUAAAGAUUCAAGUGUUGAGGUGAUUGAAAUAAUUGUUGGUACAUUUUGAGUGAAAUCUUCUUCUGUCCACACCCAUAAGAAUUCUGCAAUUGAUUUUCAAAAACAAGUGCAGUGGACCUAUCAUCCUCAUUUUUGUAGCAUUCUAGAAACGCACAGAAGUGUUUCUCCAAAAAAUAAGAAUGCUUUUCUUGAAUUGUUGAACAGCAAUAACCUACUGUCAUAGAAAGGAAUCCAUAGCUGUAAAGAUUAGCACACAGAGUGAAUAAGUUGGAUACCAGAGCAAGUUACUUACACUUUGGUCCCAUUGAAAUCAACAUAAAAUUAUAGUUAUGACUAACUUAGGUGUCAUUGAAAUCAAUGGGACUUGCAUGCCAUUAACAUGAUGGUUAUAUGCCCAUGGUGGUUUACAUCUGAAGUGGCACAAUAGUGCAUCUAAUUUUUCAUUCUAAUGUACUGUAAAAUGUUUUAAAAUACUUGAGUCCCUGACGUUUAGUUUUUGGUGAAUGUGUAAUUAAAAUACGUUUCGAACUAAGUAUGUCUUAUACUAUAAAUCUCUAGAACUGUAUGAAAAAAGAUUAGCCAAAAAAAUACACAGUGUGAUUUGCAGUAUCCUUAAGGCUUCUCUGGAGAGGAGCCAUUGUGGCAUUUGCUGUUCUUUUAAUUGGUGAAACUGUGUGACACUCUUGUUAAUAUGCUGCUUUAUUCCGAUGAUCAAAUAUCAAAGGAAUAGGCUAUGAACAUUGUCCGUGGAAAUGUUGAGCAGAUAUUUUACAGGCUGCAAGACAGAUUGAGUGCAUUUAAAGCUGAAGGUUUAUAAAUUAUUGUAAAUGACAGGGUUUAUCUUGCAGGCAUUAAAUUAAAUCAAAAAGUGAGGACGGGGAUAGGCGGAUUUACUGAGAUGGAAUAAAUGGGUAAAAUGAAUGCCAUUUUAAAUCAGCAGAGAAGGAGGAAAUACACCCAGAUACAUAUUAACACAGACAAGAUGUUUGUAUUAAUUUGGGGCGGGGAUACUAUCCCAAUAAGUAAAGCACGGGAGAAACAUGUCAUACAAGAUUUAUUGCAGAUGUCCAGAGCAAACUGGCUAUAAGGUUAUGGUAGAUUUAAAAAGCAAAUCCCAAAAGAAUUGCUAUAUUUGAGUAAUGUAUGAAAUGAUGCUUGUUUUUUACAGCAAGCAAGAAAAACCUGAACACACAAAAUGCACUGUUUCGGCUGCAGUGCUAUAAUAACUUCCUUGGGAGUACACACCAUUGAACUCAGUGGUACUUACUUCUGAGAAGACAUGCAUAUUAGAAGGACUUGUACAUUUGACUAUUGACCUUCCUGUGAGAAAUUGCUGAGAGAUUUCAAGUGGAAGGUGUGUUGCCAUUAAAAAUACGGAAAAUCUGAAAUGGUGGUGAAAAAAAGAAAUAAAAUCAGAGUUUUCUGGAAUCUAAAUUGUAGGCUUACAUAGUACAGGCACUUUUAAGUGUGUAUAUUUGAGAUCAAUUUCAAUGUUGCAGAAUCUUUGAAUUAACUCCAGCUACUUCUGCUCACUAGCAGUCACAGGUAGGAUACUGUUCAUGCCCAAUCAUACUGUUGGCUUCCUAUGUGUUUUACAUUUUACUGUAGGUCACUGGCACCAUAUAAAGUUACUUGUAUUUUAAGGUUCAUUAAGCUUUCAAUACUUAGGAUUUGUGGCAUAUUGUGUGACAGCACGGAAGCCAGAUAUGUCAGAAACGAUGAUUUAGAUCGGGGGUAGAAAUUGCAAAUCUACCUGAUCCUUACAGUGUUUAAUAAACUUGGUGAAUGCUUAUCUUUGGAGAAUGGGAUUAGUUACAUAAUUUGUACAAGUAUGGCAAAAUAAAUAAAUCAAAACCAAUUCUUCCAGGUUUAGCAAUUAUUCACAGGCAUGUGAGCGUUGAUGAACACAGCUCCCAUGCCCUGCAAAGGCUAUGCCACUUCAUUUUAGUUUUACGAACAGCUCCGUGUGUGCAAAUUGAUGGAUACCUGGAUCUGCCCUCUCCAAUAAAAUGAACAUCUCCCCAGUCAUAUUCAGGUUCACACAGAAUUCUUGAUUUGAGGGAUGCUAUAACUUCAACUUAUGGUCAGGGGUCCCUUUACCUUUAAGGGACAUCGGUGGCACUGUGGGUUAAACCACAGAGCCUAGGACUUGCCGAUCAGAAGGUCGGUGGUUCGAAUCCCUGCGAUGGGGUGAGCUCCCAUUGCUCGGUCCCUGCUCCUGCCAACCUAGCAGUUUGAAAGCACGUCAAAGUGCAAGUAGAUAAAUAGGUACUGCUCUGGCAGGAAGGUAAACGGCAUUUCCGUGCGCUGCUCUGGUUUGCCAGAAGCGUCUUAGUCAUGCUAGCCACAUGACCCGGAAGCUGUACGCCGGCUCCCUUGGCAAGUAAAGCUAGAUGAGCGCCACAACCCCAGAGUCGGCCACGACUGGACCUAAUGGUCAGGGGUCCCUUUACCUUUACCUUUAUAACUUCAACUUAUCAUGUAUUGUUUCUCUGCAACUGUCAGAGGGGCCUAUGAUUGAUAGGUUGCACCUAGUUGCAAUGAUGUAGGUAGGCACAGAGCCAUGGAAUGACAAAAAUGGUGACAGUAAAAAUGACACCAUCAUGGUCUAACAAGGGUGAUAGGUAGAAAUGGGUGUUCAUGCACAGAUCACGCUUCUAGAGGUGACUGAACAAAGAAACGGGCCAAACGUUAGAGAGUGCAGUCGUGGUCUGCACAUGCUUCUAUGCUCGAAGGUCACUUCUGCCAAACAGAUGGCUGGUGUUUGUCUGCUUUGACAGUGCAAAGCACCUGUUUGGGAGGACAGGAGAAGGAUUCAUACCCCUUCCAUCACAUGUGAUUGGUGCUGUCAGCCAUCUGUUCAGCCAUGCUGGGGCAUCACCUGGUGAUAAGAGUUGAGCUUCCCCAAAGCAUCGCUGCUUUUCUGCAUGCAUGGAUUGCAUCCGGAAAAGCAGUCGUACAAGAAGAGAUUGCUUAGAUCAGAGGGGCUCAAAUAAUUUGCAGAGGAAAAUGUUAAUGAAGUCAAUACGCUUACAUAAUCUAAGUAAUAUUCUUAUGGAAGGCUUUAGCUGUUGCAGCAUAACCCUCUGCGGCAUGCUGUUAAAACUUGACAUUUAUUUACUCUUUAUGUACAGAGAGAGAGGCCCUUGCAACAGGUCCCAAGAGGUGCAAAAUUUGGUCUACCAGCAGGGCUAGGACUGUGGGGCACAGGUUUGUGUUAAUGGCACCUUCAUCUCUUCCUUUUCCAUGACCCCUGUUUGUAGAAGUACCUAGUAUGAUCUUCUUGCUCUGGUGCAGGAGUCUUUUCCCAGCAAGUGAUGGAAGGGUGCAGGUGUAGCCUUGUGUUAGCACUGAGUCUGCCCAUAUGUCCUGCCACAGGCCAAGAACAUAUUAAAAAUCGUUUGUUUAAAAUAAAGCUGUACAAGGGUGGUUAAGUAAUAGUACACCGUGUUUCCACUUUAGAUUGCCCCAUCCCAUCUAGAGAAGAGUAAUGCCUCUUAAUUGUGCUGUACUGGUCACUAGUUUCCUCAAGGAAAAACUACAAUUCUCCGGGCCAUAAAAGUGUCUUUAAGAAAGGGAAGGAACUGCAGGUUGCUUCCAUGUUAGCCCUUUUUCUCUGGGAUUAUCAUCUGCUGUUCACUCACUUUUGAACGUAAUCUGGAUGUUCUGUAAAAAAAAAAAAAGAGAGAGAAUGAACAAAGCUUGACCGUUCCGUGUGUGUGUGUGUGUGUGAGAGAGAGAGAGAGAGAGAGAGAGAGUACACAGGUUGUUGUUAGAUCACUGCAGUGUUCUCCAUGUUUUCCUCCUAUGUCUCCUGCCCCACAAUCUGAUAAAUUAUGACUGAUUUUCCUGCAAUACAAUGCAAUGGCAGCCCCAGCCUGUCAAGUGUGGAUACACAAAGCACUAUUAAGAUUUUUCCAGGGCUUUUGCGCCUUUAAAUUAAACACUUCCUUUUUUCAGGUUCUUCCUGUGUAAUUGCUUCCUGUUGAUCCCAGUCUGAAGGAUUUAAUGAGUAAUUGCCCAUUGAAUAGAUGCUCUGAAUGUUAGUUUCUGUUCACGUCGAGAAACGAAUAAGUGCCAUUUCACUAUUAAAAAUGAAAAGAGAAAGGAAAUAAGUAAUUAAAGUGUCCCCUUUGGUGGGAACAUAAACUGACAUGAGGGCAAUUCAGAGAGGCUAUUCAAGGAGUAAUUGCUCACUAACCCCCAGCUGGGAUCAAUAGGAAGCAAUAACAGAGGCUGAACUUGUAAGCAAUAAACUAUAUAUAAAGCUGGCAGGGCUGAAUGGAACUUACUUGUGAGCAGGCGUGAUAGAAAUGCUAGUUAACAUAGUGCUAUGUUUUAAUCCUGUGAGGAACCUCCAUUUUGAUUCUUCCUCCAGCAAUUUGUGAAGAAGCAGUGCCCCAGUAAUACUAAAGGAAUCUAAUGUGGAAGCAGUUUGAAGAAGCAUAAUUACAAAGCUCACACAGAGAGACAACUGCAUAACCCAUAUAUGCAAAAAAUAAAAUAAAAAAUGCUGCGAAUGAUCAGCCAGCCCUCCAUUUUCUUGUUUGAGAUCAUGGUCAGCUGCUGUGGCAUCCAUUGUGGGCCUAAAGACAGAAGACUGAUUGUGCAUUAAGCGGAAACAGCCACAGCUGAAUAACAUGGACAUAUGCUCAAGGAAAUGUUGAUAAUUAGCUAUCUAAGAGAGGAUCUUUUUCUUAGACAGAUAUAAAAAGUGUAUGGAUCAAAAAUAACUUAGUCCAUGGUGGUUAAACUCCUUAGAUUUUUGCUGCAAGGACUCAGGUUCUUUAUAGAAUCAGCGUUGGCUUUAUGAUGAGAUGGGUGCAGAUGCAAAAGAUUUCACUUCCACUUGAAACCCACAAACAUUUCUUUUAAUUUUGUGGUUAUAUAGCUGCAACCGGCUUGAUUUGUUUUUUAUUCUCCAGGGAAAUCUGAAGCAGUUUAGUUGCCUCAAAACCAAACCGAACUCAAGAUUGAUUUGCAAGAAGACUUGGAAAAGCCUGAAUAGAAUAUUUAAAGCAUAAACAGUGCACUGGUGGUUUCACAACUUUGUUCAUUUGAGUGGGAUUUCCACUUAAACCCCAUAGUAAUGAACAGAGAUUGUGCAGAAGUAAUACCAUUUGGAGAGUUUGGGUCCCAUUUCUCCAUGAAACCUGUUGCAUGCUCCUUAAUAAAAUUUUAAUGUCUUAAGAAUAUGGAACCAAAUACUAAAGAACAACAGUGCAUUUGAGGAAAGGAUCCAUCUUGUGUUGAUCUCUCCACAAUUAAAAACACCUGAUAAUGAAAUGCCUUGGUGGGGUUUAUCAAAAGCAUCUUCCCAACAUUCAGGGCACUUAGACUUAGAUGUUACUUCCUAGUAGAAUAUAAAGUACUGCAUGUUAUUGGUUAUUGUUUGACAACUCCCAGGAGUAUGAAGAGGGGGACUUGCUGAAGAUAAUCCGUAAAACUUUGGCUUAAUUUGUAAAUCAUAAAUUAUUUUUUAACUUCUAAAUCAGCAUUUAGAUUUUUUGUAAUAUUUAUAUUUCAUGAUUUUUUUGUUGAUUUCAUUGCUAUUAGGGAUAGAGAAUAAAUUUGAUUUCGUUAGCAUUAAAUGGGAAACUACCUAAUUCAUGCUCUCAGACAAAUAUGUGAACUGAAACAUAACUCCUCUUUUCUGAAUUUUGCAGUGUGUACAAAAAUGCAUGUUAGGGAAAGUGUACAUAAAAUGCAUACAUUUCUGCAAAUAAUGUAGCAUAAAUAUGCAUUAUAUAUGCAGAAAUUGUUGGCAUAAACGUACAUAUUAAAACUGCAUACAAAAACGUGUUUAUUAGGAGAAAUUUGCACUAAAGUUCUGGUGAAUUUCUAAACUGAUUCAGAAAGGUAAAGAACUGAAUUUAAGACAGGAAGAAUGAAAAAGAGAGAUUUCUUCAUCCCUAAUUUCUAUUACUCAAAUAAAUAGUAUGCUAUCAAAUUAUCAAAGGAACUUGCCAGUGUAACCUCGAACAAUUUUGCACAAUAUGCUACAGCUUUGCCUUAUCUACUUGUUUUCUCAAGAUGCUAACUGUUUAAUACUGCAACAGUUGAAAUUGUGCUUUGAUAUUUUUUUCCCCCUCUCUCCAUCUGGGAAUGAUAAUCUUGCUCUGCUGGGUUUAGUGAAAAGUUAAAAAUAGUAAAUGUGGUUUCCCACAAUUAGGAUAGAAAAGGUUGCUGUAAUCUAUCAGCUAUAGAAUGGCUCACUGCCAGUAAAGAAGGGAACAGAGGAAUGCAUGUGAUAAAGGAUGGAAAUGCCAUAAAAAUGACUUGAGAACAGCUUUCCCCAACCUUGUGCCCUCCAACUCCCAUAAGCCCCAGCCAGCCAGCAGAUGGGAGAUGUUAUCCAAAAAAUGUGAAGUGAACCAGGUUGGGGGAGGCUGCUCUAGAGUACUGGAUGCUACUGAUAUGUCAACAUAUGAAUUUAUAUGUGCUCUGAGGAAUCUAGCAGGCUUCCUAAAUCCUACUAAUAAUUGCAGCCCCUAGAAUCUAAUGCUAGUUAUUUCUCCCCCUUCUUCUGAUUGGUGUGUGGGUGUGGCUGGCUUCUGUUACGAAAUCUCAGCAUAAAUUUCUGCAUUCUUGCUCCCUUUCCUGCUUUCUUUAUAGUAAAUCUGAAUUGAAUAAAAGUACUUAAAGUAAAACUGAACUUUGCUGGAGACACUGACUUUUUACCACCUAAAAUUGGCAGUGAUCACCAGACCAGAAAUGGAAAUUGGCAGGUACCAAUGGAUGUACAGGAAUUCAAGGCUACACCAGUACCAUCAUGUGCCAGCAUUGAGAGGCAAUGUUAGUCCUUUGGGGAUUCAAGGUAAAUAAAAGCCUGGGGGUCUAAUAUCUUAACUGGAGAAUUUAAAUAUGAUAGCACCAUAAUAGUCAUUUUCCUAGCUGUAGCAAAAAUGUUCCUAAAUAUAUAUGUUGAUGUGUCUGAUUCUCACUUGGCAGGUUUUUUUGUUGUCUGUUUCAAAGCAUUUGUUCAGAACUGUUUUUCAGAGUAAGACAUCUUUUGCAUCACUUACCUGGCUACUCAGAAUAAUCUUUAAAACUGCCCAUAUACAAAAAGUCAAAUGGUCUUCCACAUAUCCUUUGCAGUCCAGUCAUUUUACUUCUGUGGUUCCCAAGGGAGUAAUAAAGCCUACUUUAGACUUUAUUUACACCUUAGACUUAAUUUACACUCAUACUUGUUUCUUUGGGCUGUUUUCCCAUUGGUUCAGUGACUGGUAGUUUCUGUGAAGAGGUUGUGAGUUAGGUAUCCUUCAUAGCAGCCAGCGCUAACUCUGCUCCCUAUUGUUGUUGUUGGGCUCAGAUGCCCAUAAGUCCCAAUCAUCAUAGCUAACAAUUAUGGGUGAUAGGAGCCAUAUUUCAACAACAGCUGCAGUGCACCAGGUUGGGAAAGGUUCCAUAUUUAAAAUAUAUAGUGGUUUUGAAUGUCUCAUUUGAAUGCAUUUUUGACCAUGGCCUUCCUCUUUGCUAAAAGCAAACUUGCAUAUUUAAUUUGCACCAUAUACUCUUUCAUAAUUUCCCCCCUUCCAAAUUCUUUUAUCAUCCUUAGUGGACAAGCAGGCCUGAAGAUCAGAAUAUAAGCUUUCUAGCAGUAAUGCAUAAAGUUCUCAGCCUGCUGAUUUGCUAUGGCACUCAUAUUUUACAAUCACUUUUUUUGCAGCUGGCAUGAAACGUGUUAUUUAUUUCAUUUUAUUUAAGGCAUUUCUAUUUCACUCACUUAUUAGCAUUUCUAAGCAGUGCCUUAACUUGGAGGAUGAAAAUGUCUUGGUUUAAGCAACCAGUAAGAAUGUACAGUAAGGAUAAUACAGUAAGGAUAGCAAGGAUAAAUUUUAAACUGGAUCUGAGAAAGCAAGACGAAAAGACAAAUGAUAUCAAUGUGUCACUGACCGUCUAAUGAAGUUUUGUUGUGCUUAGUCUUGUUUUCUGGGCAGCUUAAAAGCUACAGUAGCCUGUUGGUCAACAGGAUGUACAGUUCAGUAGAUAUUUUUUACUGAGAUGUCAGUAAUCAGACGCAGAUAAAUAACACGGAUCUGCGAACUAUCUCUUCCCUCAAUAAUAUAAAGCAGAUGGUCUAGAUUUUUAAGCCUAGAAGAAUAGCUCCAUCACAGUCAAUGCUUGCUUUAUUAUUGAUUAUGGCUUUGGGGUACAUUUUGAGAUAUGUGAGAUCACUGCCUCAGCUGGAGAGAUAUAAGAAAGAAAUCCUAGAUUGUGGAGGACAGACUUCAGUUUUGUGAGAUAUACUUGUUUUUCUUUUCAUCUACCAACAGCAGCCAAGUGUUUACAUAGCAUAAACUAGAAGGGGGCUCUCAUUCUCAGCCUUUUCACACAAAAAAGCACACCUGGUUUUCCACUAAGCUUUUUUUGUUUCAGCAGCCCAAUUAAAACAACAAGCCUUUCCAUUGUUACAGUUGUUAAAACAAUUGGAGGUAAGAAACCCUUGACAGCAAGUAGGGCCCCAGCCUGUCUUUUGCAUUCUCCCAACCUAGGUACUCAUCUCCUAUGCCAGAGGAUUUUGCCAAUUGGCAAAAAAUCUAUUCGGGAAGGAACCAGAGAGGAACAGCUGGGAAAAAUCACUGCCCCACAGGGGCAGAAGAUGUAGAACUUUAUUCCACCACCACCCCACCCCGUUCCUGAUUUAGAUAUUCACUCACCUGGGUAGGUGUUAUACUCUGGAGCAGGGUUGCACCUUAUAAAGCCACUGCAGGAGGGAUAGAUGGUAACUAAUACUGGAAUUUGGCUCCCCUUUGCUUUCCUUAUAACAAAGAAUCAGUGGUGGACCAUGGUGUCUCAAAUUUCAGUGGUGCCUGCCCGACGCCAAAAUCUGCCCCCACCCACCAGCCGCUUGCCUUCCAUUGGAUUUCAUGGUUGGGGUUCCUGCUGCAGCAUCCUAGAAGCUCCAUGCCCAGUGCAACUGAACCAGUGGCGAUUCCCUAGAUCUGCCUUUGAAAUCGUGUUGAGGCCCAUUAGUUAGGGCUGCCAUACAUCUGGAAUUUCCCUGACAUAGCUGGAAUAUGGCAGUCAGUGUCCGGGCGGAAAUCACUUAAAUGACCGGGAAAAUCUGGACGUAUGGAAACCCAUGCUGGAAACCUAGAUUUCUGGCAAAUUUCCUUAAAAUUAGCUCAACAACUUCUCACUCUUUUUUAGAUGUUGCAAUAAAAAUUCAACAACUUUGGCCCAAAAAUAUGGCAACCCUACCAUUAGUAAGGUUGGGUAGUUGCACAAAUUUCCUAUUUGCCCUCCCUCUUUUCAUACCUGGAGCAAUCCAUGAUCCAGGUGGGAAAAACUGUAGGCAGAUCUUUGCAAGGCAUCUGGGGGCUCCCUACUAGUAGCUCCUUUCUCUUCCCCCAUAGGAUAGGGCUCCCACUCUAUCUAGCAUCCUCUACCUCUUCUUACACCAGGUUGGGCAAACAGGGUAGACAUUUUACUCAUAGGUUGUAUAGAAUCUGCCCUUCGUGAAUUAUCCCCUCAUACAGGCCAGGUCUUUCACUGUUAACCGGUUUAUUUCAUUGAUGUCUAUUGUCCAUGGACUCCCAAGGAGCCAUAGCUGUCAACUUUUCCCUUUUCUUGCAAGGAAUCCUAUUUCCCUUUUUAAAAAAGGGAAACGUUGGCAGCUAUGCAAGGAGCUGCUUUAUGUUAUGUUAUGGUAGGCAAAGGCAGUGAACAAGCUCUGUCCAAUUCCAGAUGCAGAUAGCUCUGAAGUGGUUUUAGAUGCAUGCUCUUGACUGCAAAAUGUUUGACACAGUUGUUGAUUCAGGGUCUCUUAAAUUCUUCAGCUUGUAAAGAUUUCCUUCCUUUUUUCUUUCAGACUCAACAUUCAGUUGCAAAUGUGAGCAAUCUCUUUUAUGUGAUGGGUUUCUUGCUAGGCUUAAAUAAAUUGUCUCCAUCACAGAGUCAUCUUCUCCUUGAUCUUCUUUCAAAAACAAACUUUUGAAUGGAUUAGAAACAGAGCGCAGGGCUCGCAUGUCAAUGUAUUUUUCAUUUUUUCCACACUGACAUAAUAGUCAGCUAUCCUUACAAAGUAAGGAAAGUUGGCAAAAUACCCCUCAGUUUUAAAUACAGAUUUAUUUUGAAGGUAAUUUAAAUUGCAUCUGUGCCUUAAUGAGUUUGAAGGUGUAGCUUGUGAAAGGGAAUACACACACAUUUAUCUGCGUUGACCUCUGGAUAAUCCUCUACCUUAUUGCUCUGAAUGUUUUUGCUUACUGACAGAGAUAGGUGUAUUUCUUCCCAUGUUACAGUCUGACUUUCCUAAAAGACCCAGUGCGCUCACAUGUUCUAAAAGUGAUGUAAUGAAGUGUCCCUGAGUGAAUUCUCCUGUUCAAAUAUAUUGGAAAUCCUUUAAAAAGAAAAGAAAGUGGGGGGGGAGUCUUUGCCCAUUUUUAUAUUAUGGAUGUAUGUUUUGUAUUAUUUUAUUAAUGCUAUUGCUUGAUACAGGUUUGGCAUUGCAUGUAUUGUGAACUGAGGUGAUAGGCUUUUUAAAAUAAAAGCAGAUAUGUAAGCACUUGAAAUCUGUUGGGUAUCCCAGACAGAAAAGUGGUUGCUUACAUAUACUAGUAAUUUCUGUAAUGAAUAUAAUUGGAAGCUAGCCCUGAGCUAACUCACCUUACUCUUUCAGUUGGGGGAGAGGCUUCUGUGAUGAUGCGUUGAUGUUUUGUCACGGAAUGCACACUGUUGUGAUCUUAGAAUGGUCUCUGUGUCUUUUGCUAGGAAGGCUGGAGUUGGGUAGGACAGACUAAUCCAUCAAACACAACCAACAGCAAAUAAUAAAAAAAUACAAUGCCUAGGCAUGUGUGAGAGAAGGAAUCCCACAAUCCCUUUGCUUCCCUUUUCUAGUGAUAUACUUUAAAACAGAAUUCUCUUAUCUGGCCUGAGACUAUCCCCAAGCCACACCCGCUGCCCCACUCUAAUCCCUAACUCUCAUUUGCUCCUCACUUCCCUCUACAACUGCCUUCUUGACCACUGGACUUGCUAUUGGUCUCAUCCUCUCAAUCCACCAUAACUUACCUUUGCAUGCAGGGGAUAUCUCUAACUCACUGAGGGUUUGAGACCUAUUGGCUACACUCACCUGGUUUGGCUGGCCAGUCGAAGCCAUUCUGAGGGUGUGGCUGCUGUCACAUGCUGACAACUUCAAUAGAUGACUGGGGGAAAAACAGAGGACAGGGCAACACUGGGAAACCAAGACUGAGAGGUGCUAAUGAUGGACUAGAUGUGGUUACUAGUGCCAUGCAGUUUCUUAGUGUGUGGUUCCUGGUUGUUUGAACCCUUCAAGUGUUGGUGCUAUUUGAAGCCAUGUUGUUGUUGUUUGAUAACCCACAAUUUUAAGCAUUUCUCUUUGGUGGGAGCAGGUUCUGAAAGGACAUGUGUUCUGUGAAUAUUAGGUGUUUUGAAGAAGUUGAGAGCUGUGGGUAGAAAGCCAGUUUGAUGUUCUACUGUAUUAUCAUUGUUUGGGGUUAUGUGGCCUGCUUAAACAAGAUGUUCUGUUCACUUCCAGCAGUUGCCCACCCAGGGUUCCAGGCUGCCUGCUGUCACAUCUUUUAAAGGGCUUCUUAACCCAUGUGCCUACCAGUACUCAGGCAUGCAGCAUUUACUUGCCAGUGGAAUAUAGGAAGAAGCUGCCUUAAACUGAGUCAGACCAUGAGCUCAUCUUGUCUAUACUCAGAGGCAGAAGCUCUCCAGGGUUCAAAACAGGAAUAUUUCCCAGCCUUAGUCAGGGAUUAAACCUGGGAUGUUCUGCAUGCAUAUCAGUUGCUCAACCAGCUCCCUUCCAGGCCAUACAGACAUAGAUGCGUCACUGGUGUGUGGACGCUGCAUAUGUUGGAGCAAGUAUUAGGUAGCAGAAUCCUUUUAAUGGUAGAAUUGCACACAAGGAAGGAAUUUAUAUUAGCCCAGCACCUCAUUUAUAUCUAUCUUAAGUCUUAGUACUGCUAUUUCGGGGGGGGGGGGGGCUCACCACCCACAAACUUACCCAAGGCAACUUGUUCCAUUUUCUCCUUGCAGAAAUAUUUCAUGUGGAGGAACAAAAGAAUGUGGUAUAGCCCAGGAAACUAAUAUUUUCAGCUCAAGGCUUUUCAGAUUACUUAGCCUACAUCUUCCUAAUGCUCUGGGUUGACUUUCCUUUCUUAAAAACAAUUAUUAUUAUUAUUAUUAUUAUUAUUAUUAUUAUUAUUAUUUCUUCCUUCUCUAGCAGUUGAUCCUAGAAGCAGUUAGGAAAUGUGGGGAAACUAGUGAACUCUCAUAUUUCUCAAGCUAUUUCCACAAAGUAGUGAUAUUUCUGGAUUGCUACUGAGUUUUCUGUAUCUUAUUCCUGUGUGGCUUUGUUCUGAGAGCAUUAGCAAACAGCAUGGCAGAGCAAUAUUAGCAAUAAUAAAUGGAACCUAUUGGCUGAAUAAAUGUAUAGCAACACAUUAUUCCUAUUUCUCUCCCACCCAGCUCCAGUUUAAAAGAGAGAAAUGUGCAUUAUUAUUUUUUGCACAGUAUACCUGAAUGCCUGAUGGAACUAUUCUAUCAAUUACUUUGCCCCAUGGAAGCAGCACCCAUGUUGAAUGUAUGUGCUGGAAGUGGCAGUGUAUGAAAUGGCUUCACUACCAAUUUAUGCAUCUCCCUUCUGCCCUAAGGUACAGAUAGGGCUGCAACAGCCAUAGCCCACGCUAGGUAGGAUGUUUGGCACAGGUCAGUUGUUAACAGUGGCUGAGGGGACAAUAUAGGAGGCACACCAGGAAUUGUAGGAUAUGGUGGAGAGGAUAAUUGGGCUAGAAGCUGGCAUGGGUGUAUAUUGGGGCAGGGAGAGGAAGGGGAGCAUGAGAGGGGAGAAAUAACAGAAUUUGUGAAAUAUGUAUGGUAGAGGAAGAGAGAAAGUUAUGGGAAUUUGGGUGGGACUGGCCAGGUAUGGCAUCCCCACCCUUUUGGUUUUUUUAAAGGCUGUAAGGAAUGGAAAGGAAGGCAUCAAAAUAGGGGAACAUGUUUAGUGAGGAAACACUAUGCAAGAAGAUACUAUGCAGAAGGAGGGAGGUUCAGGAGCAGGAAAUGGCAUUAGAGUGGCAUAGAAUGAGCAAGCCAUACAGAGGUGAGAUCUUGGUUUGGAUCCAGAGACUGUAUUGUGAUUAGGACAGAGAGGCAAGCUGUGUGGACAGAACUGCUUGAGAGGCUUCGCAAAUAGUUUCCGUAUGUUACGGGUGGCGAGUUAGGGGCCCAUACCUUUCAGUGCUUUGGGGUGCUGGGAAAUUUUAUUUCAACCCAACAUUGGGGCCCAAAAUCCUUAAUUUCCUGAUGAUCAAACUAACCAUAGCAACGGGAUAUGCUGUUGAAUUUACUGUUCUUUAGAUAAAUGUUUGGGAGCUCUAUAAAAUACAGUAAACCUGCAGCUUUGAAGUUCCUUUUGAAAGGAGUAUGUCAGAAAACAUAAAUUUGUUGGAAGAUAAUUGAGCAGCAAAUUUCCUCCUGAUGUUUCACGGUACCUUGUGUUGCAAAAUAAUUUAACCUUUUCAAACGCAACACAGAAGGGCUUAUUCAGCUUUGCCUUGCCACCCCAGAAGGGGUAACAUUGUCCUACUUUCAUCUCAAGCGAAUGGAUCAAGAGGUCUCUUCUUGCUUAUGUUGUCUCAAGUGCUGUAUUUUGAGCACUUUUGAUGAUCUAAACCAGCUAGACUUGAAUCAGUAUUGAUGUCAAACAUUAGAUCAGCUUCUUCCAUUUUACAGGCCAGUCUAGGUCCUUCUCUCUCUCAGCUUAUUAUAACAGAACCCUCUUUGUCAUCAGCUGCCAGCUUCAUGGCGCACUAAAUUUAUCUGAAAAGGUUAAAUAGGAGAAGCAUGUAGCUCAGUGUUUGUUGCUUCACUGUUUGUAAGAAGGAUCCCGUUAUCAUGAUUUGAGACAGCAGAGAAGCAUUAUUGCUGCUAUCAAAAUGGAAAGAUGGCUAUGACUGGUUUUGAAGGUGUACAGCUGAUAAAUGCAACAACUUUGGCCUGCAACAAGCUUGAAAAUCUAAAUGAAUUGGUAUGUGUCCACCAAUAUGAAGCAGUCAUCUUCUGUGGCCACUGUUGUAAGCAGCACCUAUGUUUCUGGACAAAUUUUCUUUAGGUAUAUGGUGAGCAAUCACUUCUGAUUUCCAACUUCCCCAGCCUACAAUUAAUCAUGCUAGUUUUGUCAUGAGGACUGUAACUGUAUAGUACUGUGUUUAUUUUUCUCCAACCAUUAUCCUUCAUUUGUCACCUUGGAUGAACUUGCUACCCCAGAUCAGUGUUCGAAACUUACUCAAUGUGAGCCCAUAAUAUAGGAUGUCCUUCCCAUGUUCUCCCUUUCUGGCAAAGUUGUUUGACAGCAUAGCUCAAAACCAGAAAAAUAUUGCUUAUUAUUUGUUAUGCAUUCAGUUUCUUAUCUGCCCUUCACCAUAAGGUCCCAGGGCAGGUUGCAGCCAUUUAAAAAUACAAUUUUAAAAAUAGCUUAAAGCAAACUGAUAAUGAAUGCCCAGCUGGUUCUCGAUGGCUCUUACAAACUGCUUGUUUUACCUUUGCCUCUGAGUGUCUUUCUGCAUAUACUACCACAAACCGUUCUGCACCAAUUAUUUGGGAAUGAUGAAGGAACAGGGCUUAAUCCUUGGGUACAAAAUUGAAGAGCUGAGUUGGCAAGUGUAUUGAAGGCAAGGGAUUCAGGGGAUGGGAAGAAUAAGAGAGGUUCAGUCAUCCUGAGGCCACCUCCUGCCAGGCCUCAACAUGUUGUAAAGUUGGAAGUUUCUCCAGCCUGAAACCCCUGCAGAGCAUUUAUUCACAUGCUCACAGUAUUUAUUUUAUUUAAUACAGAGACUUCUAGUUAAAGCAUUACAUUUUAUACAUGGCUAGAGAUAGUGUUCCAUAAGGGGCAAGGGCAAGGCUAGCUUCUCAUUUAAACUUACAGAAAAGCUCCUUUCCCAGCUGUUUGAAGGUCUGCCAGUAGUUUAAUACACUGUUCCACAGAAUCUACACACCAUUUCACAUAAUAUGAUAAACUGUAGAUUUAUAUUGGAGCUUGUGAAACAAGAAUUCUCCAGUUAGAACUUCAAAACUCAGUAUUUCUAUUAAUUCAGGGCCAACCAUUUGUUGGUUAGAGUAAGCUUUGUUUACUCUUGAAUUUUUAAGACCUUCUUAACCUGCAGGAAUGUUGCAAAGUUUUUUUUAAAAAAUUAAAACCAUAGGUUGUGUGAUUGUUCUGGUGUGGCAGUACAUUUAUUGUUUUGAUGUGUGGUAGUUAUCUGUUGGAUGCUCUUAUACAUUUGGAAAAUGUCAAGAGCAUAACUCAAGGUUUUCCCAGUGGAGGUGGGCAGCAAUCUUGACUGAGGUAUUUAGAACUCUUCUUGACAUGCUAAUCAACCCAUAGUGGCUUAGAGCAUCCGAAUAGUUCUCCGUGUAACUGUGUUGGGAGAAUUGGGAAGGCAAAUCUCUUUACAGCCAAUGGCUGUAACUUUUGGUCCCCCUAAUGCUGUUGGACUUCCAACUCCCAUUGGCUUCAGCCAGAAAAGCCAACAUCCCAUCAGGGAUUAUGAGAGUUGCAUUUAUAUAUUUGUGGAAUUUGCAUUCCGCCCUUGGACCCAAAGGUUCCCAGAGGGGUGCAUAAUAUUAUAAUAUCUAAAUCCAGACAAAAAUAAUAAGAAAACAAACAAUUACAAAAACAAACAGAAAACACACACACACAAGCAGACAACCAAAAUUGCAAACAAUCCAGCAGCUGUAUCUGGAGACGAACAGGCUACCCACCCUCUCCUGAACAAUGUUUGUUGCUUUGGGUAAUAAGGUGAGUAUGGGCAAGUUGCUUUGCCCACUUUGUAAAGGAUGAUCCAUAAAUACUUGGCUGUGUGUAUGUAGGUGAAUGUGGGAAUCCAUUCUGCAUUUUAUUCUGUUGAUACAAUGAUAAAUAAUGACAAUUUAUUUAUACCCUGCUCUACUAAGUGCCAGUAUAGAUAGUGUUUGAGACCAGACUCACAGCACUAGUCAUCUUAAGACAGCAUGUAGGUGGCAAUAGUGCAGGAUCACGUUUAUUUAUUGUUUGAAUCCACAUGAAUCUGCAGGUGACAUGCAUAACUAAAAAUAGCUUGGAAAACAGUCAAAACAGCAAACAACAUAAAAGAUAGGUUCUUAAACAAUACACCCAGCUGGUAAAGCUUAUUGAAACAAAAAAUGUCUUCAGUGGUUUCUGUAAAGUACAAAUAACGGUUGCCUGUUUUAUUCCAACAGGGAUACUGUCCCACAGAAUAGGGGCUGCCACACUGACAAGUCUUACACCUCCAAGUAUGGGUUUUAUACUAUUGACAUCACCCCUUUGUGCAGGGGUUGCCCAUGCUCGAAAAGCAUGAGUUUUUCCCAGUGCUUUAUGCACCAUAGUUGGUUCCUGUUCUUUUUCUUCUAUUUGUAUUCCUUAUUAAAAAAAAUGUGUGUGCAUGUGUGUGUGCACACAUCCACUUUCAUUUUAUACCCUUCUCCAGAGAAUACUUUCAGUCCUCUCUUUUUUUUUUUAGUUGGCCUCCUUUUGUGAGUGUGUUAAAUCUGCAGCCAGGUUCACCGUUAGCUCUGGGCAAAUCACUGAGCUGUUAUUAACCUGCUUCCAUGGCAACUGCUGCUCACAAGCCUGAGGACAAAAAAUUGUUUUUAUUCUGAACUGCACAAAAGGUUCUAGUGAUGCUUUAGACAAAAUGGCCAUUGAAAGUGAGUUGCAUUGAUGUGUGUAUCUGUACAAUUUAUAUUUAAACUACUUUACUCUGGUGUGUUAGGGUAGUAUUGGACAUGCCUGGCAUACUUUUAAAUUCUGUUUUUAACAUCUUCCACCAUAUUUUGUAAGGGAUGUUAAGGUUUUCCUCUUUUCAAAAAGCGGAAUUUAUAUAAAGACAAGAGUAGUUCAUCUCUUUGACUCUGCUAAUAUGGCCAUUCUUAAAUGUUUCCUGUUUGUCCUCCUGUUGCUAUUUAGUUUCUUCCACGCCAACAUGAUUAAUAUUGUGUGGUUAUGUUUGUUUCAGAAUGAGACCAGCAGAUAAACCAUUUUUCAGCAAAAGAAAAUAUUUUAUGUCAUGAAAUGCAGAGUUAAAAACAUAACAAACAUCUAUUUAUCUAGAUUAGAUGUGUUACUAGUUUAAGCGCGCCACAGAUAUACUCUACAGAAAAUAAAAUUCAGGCAAGUCUUGAUAUUGUGCACAGAGGUAUAUGCUGCACCAUGGCUUCUGUCUUUUAGCUGUGAAAAGUAUGCACAUCACCCAUGAAAAGUGAACACAUGCAUGUACUCAAAACUGUGUGCGACCAGUACUCCCAAGUUUCUUACAGGAUAACAUCAAUAUCCUGAGGAAAUAGCAACCCGUUGAAAAUCUCCCAGAGAACACCAUUCCAGGUACUAUGGCUGCUGAGGCCGUUAUACCCACAAAUAUAUCAUUGAGAGUAUCACCUCUAAUAUUGCUAUAGUGCAUCUAGCCACUAAUCUCUGUCACUUCAUAGUUAUCCACAAUUUCUUCAGGAGUAGUAUUACUUCCACCACCUUCAGAAGACCUGGGACCAACUUCUUCUUGAAGCCCAACCAACAAUCCCCUCCCUGCCCAAUUUUAGGAAUCAGGAAGGGCAAGGAUUCAAGACACAGGUAGUUGAUGGAAACUAACCUUCAACUAUUUUACCCAUGAUCUCCGGUUACACCAACUGAAGCUCCCCCAACAUCACCAGAAACCUCACCAGAAUAACCUGCUCCAAGGAUGGAAUCCAAAUCCUGGUCUAUGCAAGCAAUUUUAACUUCCGAAUUCCUCACAAACAUGUCACAGCAAGCUUUGGAUGAGUCUACCGAUGUGUCCUCAGUAAUCUACAGCUUAAUCUGGACAAUGAUACUUCCUUCUCACAAGCCUUGGGUGGACGCCCCCAUCUAAGACCUGUUAGAAGCAGACCCUGGGGGGAAACUUGAGCUACCAAUACACCACUAGUACAGGAUCUCAUACUGUCAGCCGGAACUGCAGGAGUUUAUUAACCCCCUCAUUGUCCAAUGUAACAUCUGCCAACAUCUGCCAGUGUGCUCUUCUGCAUUCUACAUGGAACCAGCAGGCCUGCCUCCGCAAAGCAACAAAUGGACACAAAUAUAUCAUAAAUGGCAAUUGCAAAAAGCCUGUCGGAGAAUUUUUCUGCCUCUCAGGAUACUCUGUAACUGGCCCUAAUUAAACGAAGCAGCUUCAGUGGGAAACUCUAGUGUGCUGAAUUACAAUUUAUGAGGCAAUUCAGUUAUGGCUUGAAAUAUGGCUUGAACUGUUUUAUUGCAAUUCAUGUGUCAAUUAGCUUGUCAAUGCCAGGAUGUUUGUUAUCACCAUUGCUGUGAUAUAGUGCAAAAUAGUGUUGACUAUUUUGUUUUCAAGCUAGCCUUCACAGUUCUUUAUACACAUCAUUUUCCUCUGACACGAGGGGCACUGGAGGAAUCUUGGAGGUCUGUAUCUUGAGCAAACUCACCUGGUCUUUCACCUUCAUAGGUUAAUGUACAGACAGGUUAAGCUACUUCUUUGAACCCACCCACCCCAAUGAAGUUCUGUGAGGUAGUUUGAGUCAGCUGCCUUGUACAUUUUUUCUUUUUUCCAACUGGUAAUAGCUGCUUGGAGUUGCUAGGACAGGUGUCUUCAGUCUGGUGCACAUGGUGCCUGGGAAGGCUUUAACUGGUGUCCUGGGACAGGUGCCCCAAACUCUGAGCUUUCAUUAAAAAAGAAAGAAAAAAGUCUUGAGCCCUUCUGGAAAGCAAGUUAUUUCUGUGAAAUGAUAGUGUAGUGAGGUUGCCUUCUAUACUUUUUAUGGUACUGUUGCGAUUAGACUGACUCUGUCUCUCUCUCUCUCUCUCUCUCUGUGUGUGUGUGUUUGUGAGAGACAUCUGCACAAUGGGUACCAGGACAAAGCUGACUUCCCACUGUAAGCAUUAGGUUGUCAGGGGUGACUGUCUCUCUAGUUUUGUGUUAUGCCACUCCAUAACAGCUAUUUUGUGACAGACACUCUUAUUUUAUUUAUCUAUUUUAAAGCCCAAACAAUAUUUUACUUUUAAAAACAUUUUUAUACAAAAAAGCUACACAAUAAACAUUUUUCUUUUAUACAUUUGUAUACCAUGCUUGAAACAGAGUGGACUGAGGACAGGAGACCCAUGCAAAAAGGGGAAAGGAAUGGAACCUGACUGUUCCUUCCUCCUCUGACAUCUUUCUCCCAAUGUGCAUAUAUGCUUGCCAAUUUAAGAUGACACUUCAAGCAUCUGAUGAAGCAGACCAUGAAAACCUAUGCCACAAUACAUUUGUUAGCUUUUUAAGGGGCUACAAGACUUCUUCUUUAACUGCUGCAUGGACUUUAUUGCUCUAUGGAUGUGCCCAACUAUAAUAAUUUCUGUGUACCUGUACAAAGACAUCAUGUAAUGUUUGCUUUUGGUGGGUAGCAAAUAAUAUAUACAUCAGAGUUGUACUUAUGAGUUCAUCUCUUGCCUCCCCAGUUCUCCUUAAAUUGGCUUGGAUAAGCCAACUUUUAAAUUUUUUUAAAAUAAAAUAGACUCAGGAUGGUGCUUGCCUUAUUCCAAGCCAAUCUGCAUUUAAUCUGAGACUUUGGUACAUGAAGCAGUUUUCUCCCAAUACUCUGAUUCUCCAACCCCCGCCACAUAACACUACCUUUGUACACAUGACUGCCCCCUCCCACCAAUACCCAUUCACAUUGGGGCUGCUGGUCUGGCACAGAAAGGAAUGUUUCUCUCUUGUCAGCACCUAGCACCCUGGUUGCCCUGAAUUCCUGAUGGGAGCUUGGAGGCAAACGCGUAAGUGGAACAGGUGGUGCUUACCUUGCAUUUGAAACAACUGUUGCAAGCCACCCUAUUUCAAAAUGCAAUGCUUGGGAUUAUGUAUUCUGGCGUCAUCUCUAGUGAGAAUAGCAUAGCAGUUCUAGGACAAUAACUUGGUUAAGUGGUGUCUUGGGCAACUAGAUAGUUUAUUAGUAUGGCGAUCAGCAAAAUGGCUUCCUCUUCUCUUGAACAAAUGAGUGACUGUGAGCAUUUGAAGAAGCAGACUUCCAAGUUUUCCAAGUUCUAAGCCAAUUUCUUUUAUCUUAGGCUGUGUACUUUUUCAGCCACCACUUGUUAACAACAGUUCUAGAAACUCCAGUUCAUAAGAACAGCAGGGUGGUUGAGGCACAGUCUGUGUCUUCUCAGAAAGCACCUGGGAGGUCAGAUCAUUUUAAACUUCCACCAUGCCCAAAUCUCCUUGUGCAUGUACAAAGCUAGCAGCUCAAAGUGGAAUCUGAAACUGAACAUUCACUACACUGCAGACUAGACUUAGCAGUUCUGAUGUUACUAAUGAAUAUAAAACUAUCCCCUAGAGGACAUAGAAAUAUUUCCAGAUACUGAGGACAAACAAAAUAUGCAAAUAAAUCCAGAGGGUUUGCAGCACAGAAUCUCCAGUGAAACAGUGUCCCAUAUGUAAUUUAAGGAACUAAAUGGGCUUUUGGGAUUGCUUUUCUACUCUCAUGAUACACUUGCAUGCUUGCUGUAUAUCAGUGAUGCUGUAGAAUUUGCCAUUUUUAACCAUCUAAGACCAAUAUGAACUGCUUCUCCUAACUCUUUUCUUUUUACCUCACCAGUAUCUGAAACUCCUCUUUGAGCUAAUUAUUCUAAUUUAGUUGCAUCUGAAGUCUUGAAGGCAUAUUCCUUCAUUGGAGUAGUGUUGCACUGCAAAAUUAGUUCCCAUGCUGGGUUUUGAAUCAAGUGGCUAACCUGUGACACACACCCCGGGUUAUUUUUGGACACCAGCUCCCAUCAGCCUCAGCCAGAAGACUGGUCAGGAAUGGUGGAAAUUGUAGUAACAAGAUCAUCCUGAAGGGCCACCCAUUUUCCAUAAUCAGUCUUUUAGGCAUUUACUAAAGUGGAAGGGCACCAGUAGUGCUUCUAAGCACGGUGGGCGUGUAGCAUUUUAUCUACCCUAGGGAGAAUUUGCUGCCCUCCAGAUACAAUUCUGGCCUGAGAUGAUGGGAACUGUCGUCCACAGAUUCUCCAUCCCUAAUGUCAAUUAACAAGCUUGGGAUGUUCUGUAUUUGAACAUAUCUGUAUGUUCUUCAGAGAAAGCACAAACUUUUCAGCUGUGUUUAUAUAGAACCUUUUGAGUACAUCACACACCAGUAAACUUUUUAACAUCCAUGUUGGGUGAACCAGUGUGCUGUCAAAUGGGGCCUGAGGUUUUAUAAAGCUACCGAGUGUGGGUGGAUUACUUAAGGCUGUCAAAGGAAUUAGUGGCUCAGAUGAGACUUUUAACUAGAGGGCUUCUGGCUCCCAUCGCCCUGCAAAGAUGUCUGAAAGGACAGUGUAGUGCACUCAGUUUCAAAGUUUUAUUUUUGUUGUCUGUGCUUAAAAUAGAAGUGUUAAUUUGAUGUGUCGGUGGAGAACACACACUCUUUUCUAAAGCAUCCUGCACAAGCUUGCUUCAUCUGCAGCCUUUGAUUUUCAUAAAAUCUGGGGUGCUGUCACUCUUGUACUUUGAGGCGACAGAUGUAAAGAGGAAGGUCAUCUGAUGAAAGUAGGAAGUGCAACCCAUUAGCUUUGAACAAGUAACUUUGCUAAUUGUUCUUACCAGUUUUACCACAUGAAGUCCAAAUGAUGUUGUUCUCAUAACUUGCUCUUGUACUUAAAUAAUGUUGUCUUUGUGUCCCCCCCCCCCCCUUUUUCUUUUCUGCUUAGGUUGCUUUGAAUGUUGCAUUAAGUGCCUGGGAGGAGUUCCAUAUGCUUCCCUUGUGGCAACUAUUCUCUGCUUCUCUGGGGUAGCAUUGUUCUGCGGCUGCGGUCAUGUGGCUCUCGCUGGGACCGUAUCGAUCCUCGAACAGCGUUUUUCCACAAAUGUUACUGACCAUGCUUUGUUAUCUGAAGUGUAAGUACAAAACCACUUCUCUUACUCUGUGAAGCAAUUGCAGUGAUAACUUUAAUAACAUUAGAGCUAGGAGCGCAUGCCAAUUCAGCCUGCAAGGAGGUAAGAGUGCCUGGCAAAACUCAAAAUUUGAAGUGAAUUUGGAGAGUCCACUUCAAGCAAAACAUCUUUUGGAUUGGGACUGUUUUUAUAUACAGCAUAUAGUUAUGAAAUUUGUUGGGUGGGUUGGGGAAUUUGCAACACUUCCACCAGAAGUCUGCUGCUGUUAUGGAUUCAGCAUAUAUCCCCCCCCCAAUGUAUAUUCUAGUUCAACAGAGAGAAGGAAAACAAGGGUAGCGAUAAAUCUCCCAAAGAGCAUAGUUAUUCAGCUCCAUAGCAACUGAAGGCAAGAAAAAAUAGCUGUUGCCAGGAGAUGACAGACCACUAAAAAUAUACUGGAGAGGUACACAGGAAAGCAAUACUGCUAAAUCUAAGGAUAAAAUAAUAAAUGUUAUCACUAACCACUCCAAUUGAGGCAGUCAUGACAUUUCUCUCACAUGCCACAUAACUCCAUAGUAGAUGCGUAAUGGACUAUGAAUCUAAUCUUCUGCCUCCCAGUGAAAUAGGCUAUAUUGGUUUGUGUCUGAAGCAUGCUAGUUUUCCUCAACAGGAUCUUCCAUUGCUGAACUGUUCUUAUGGUUAAAUUCCCCCCCCUCAAUUAUUAACCUCUCAUCUACAUUACUUAAGCUUAAAACAUGUUGCCUCUUCUGUCCUUGGUGAACAGAGUUUGUCUUCCUUUUCACGUUCUAGAUCUUGGAAAAAAUUGUUAGUGGCCGUCAUUUACUUCACUUCUAUAGGACAGCACUGCGUAAUUCCUUUGGCAUUAUGAUUUAUCUUUUGGAUGUCUAGUGGAUCAACUAAAAUUCUUUUAAUUGUGCUGCAUAAAACUGAAACAAACAAAUAUGGUUUACAUACCUCUAGAAGUGCAAACGAAUGCACUUUUGCAUAGUGCCUUAGAUGCAGGGUAUUCUGACAUUUUGUAUGUGGAACAGGAAACAAAACCUGCAUUACAGGGUGGUUGUGAGGAUACCAUGGGGUGCGGUGAUGACCAGAAACGAAAUUUUGCAGCAAAGGGGGACAAUGCAAAUUACUCACAAAUUGUGGCUACAUAUUACUUUUAAUGGAAAAGAUGGCUGGAUCUGUUACAAAAGAGAAAUAACUGCACGUUAAUUACACAAAUGAAUGCGUAGAGCUAGAAGCUGCAUUCUGUUGAGUGGUGGGCGCAAUGUACCCUACUGCUACUAUGAGGAAUUUAUAUUGUGUGGAUGCAGUGCACACACUGACAAGAGACAAAAGGGGAAAGCCCCUUCUUGUUGCUAGAUGGCAUAGAGGUGUGUCGGUCUGGGUCUCCAUCCUUGCAGCAGUGCUCAUUUUGUCUAUUUGAGUAGGAGCAGAACCCCUUUAAAUGUUUUUCUUGCUGCUGAAACAAAGCAAGAACAAAGCUCCCUUCCCAGCAGAAGCCUGCUGUGGUUCCUUCUGGGAUACAGUAAGGGAAGAUGCUUGCAGUAAGAAAUAUUCUAUAGUGACUGGUGAGGGUAGGGCUUGAGGCUAUUUAAUUAUGUGUAAGCAUUAGAUGCUGCAGCAUUUUUGAAGUUACUGGUGGUCAACUUUGGCUGUGUAAUACAGCGGUCAGCAAACUUUUUCAGCAGGGGGCCGGUCCACUGUACCUCAGACCUUGUGGGGGGCCAGACUAUAUUUUGGGUGGGGGAAAUGAACAAAUUCCUGUGCCCCACAAAUAACCCAGAAAUGCUUUUUAAAUAAAAGCACACAGUCUACUCAUGUAAAAACACGCUGAUUCCUGGACCUUCUGCAGGCCUGAUUUAGGCGGCGAUUGGGCCAGAUCUGGCCCCCAGGCCUACCCAUGGUGUAAUAGCUGUAUAGAAGGACGUUAAAUACUAGAUGUUUUCAUCCGAGGAUUUGACUGACUAGUUCAGUUCGUAUGUGAAAUUCAGCUUCUCCAUCUGCUCUGGUUCCCUUUAUUCUUCAAUAUGAUGAGGUAGAAAUCUACAACAGCUUAACCAGUUCCAGUUGACAAGUCAACAUUAAAAGAAGAGCAACUGGAUCAGAAUCUAGACCAGUCUUGCUCAACCUGCUGCUCUCCAUAUGGUGAAGACACCAAUUCCUUUCAGCCUCAACCACCAGCAUGGUCCAAGGCCAAAUCUUGCAACCUGGUGGAAAUUAUGACCAGCUACAUUGGUUCUUUACACAACUAGUAAAUGGUCUCACCUGUGAACUUACUACUAAGAUGUUCAUUCUGUCCUUGUGCUCUCGGAUGAUUAUGAAAUGAGACUUUAUUUCAGAGUGACAAGAGUCUGAUUGCCCUGUUUGUUUCCUUCUCAGAAUAAAACUAAUGCAGUAUGUGAUCUAUGGCAUUGCAUCGUUUUUUUUCUUGUAUGGAAUUAUCCUGUUGGCGGAGGGCUUUUAUACAACAAGUGCUGUGAAGGAGCUGCAUGGUGAAUUCAAGACAACCAUCUGUGGCCGCUGCAUCAGUGGAAUGGUGAGUCCAUUGCAGGAAUAUGGAUUGCCACUACUCCAGUGGUCCAUAGCAUUAUCUACAGUGUUGUUUGCACCAGCUCUUUAUGCUCGCCUUUGAUAAGAGAGAAAGCAGUGUCUUUCUAGGCUUUCAGAAAGCCCUAGCUAGAGAUGCUAGCAGUUGAACCUUAGUCAUCCACAUAAACAGCAGAGGCUAUACAUCUCCCUUUAAUGGUCACAAGAGAAUUAGAUAUUAAUUAUAGCUUGUUUUCUUAUCCCAAGUGAAAUUGCCUGCUUUUUCUCUCUCAAAUAGUACUUUAUUGGAGAGAGGUAUGAGGCAAAAAUAAUUUGGACAUAAUCCUCUUUUUUACCAAGUUUAUGCUUCCAAGAAAUUACAACUUUUAAGUGGGCCACAGUUCUGUCAAAGUUUUCAUUAACACCAUUCAUAAAAAUGUCCACAUUAUAUAUUGUGUGUUUUUGUCCAGUGUUGGGCUUUUUGCAGCCAGGUUGUGCUUUUUUGGGGGGUGGGGAUUUCUCCCCCCCCUUAACUGAGCGCACUUCAUUUUUAACUUUAUAGACCCCCCCCUGCCCCGCCAAAAUGUAAUUAAGUUGCCCCCAUCUCUUGGUCCAAUUUAGUUGGCUGAAGCAUGACAUUCUUUUCAGUUGGCUCACCCGAGACAACAGGCUGGCACUCCCUGUUGUUAGAAGCUAUGCCCUCUUAUCCUAAUUGCGUACAGCAGGAAUGGGGAGGUACCCACAGAUACUGUAAGGAAGUCACAGUUCCCAGUAAUGAAGUGCCACUCCAAUGACAAAGAAAGCAUCCCAAAAUGACUACUGCUCGGAAAGACAGGCUGUUUUUUCUUUUGCUUACUUAAAACAAAACGUCAAGCUUUUAACAUCGCAACACGGGCUAUAGGGAAGGUCUCUAUGGAGUGAAAAUCCGAGACUUCACAUCAGACAUGGAGACUGUGACAUGCUCUUGGAUUUUAAAGUUCAGGAGUGUGUGUACUGUAAAUGAGAUUAACCCUUGAUUUCCUAAAUUAAUGAGAAAGGGGUUUUCUGUGUGAAAUGUGUGCCUGUCUCCUCAGUUUGUUUUCCUGACCUACGUACUGGGGGUGGCCUGGCUUGGCGUCUUUGGCUUCUCGGCUGUGCCGGUCUUCAUGUUCUAUAACAUAUGGUCAACUUGCGAAGUCAUCAGAUCACUCCCAGCAAAUAUGACAGCUUCAGCGGACCAGAUCUGUGUGGAUAUCAGGCAAUACGGUACUUAUUUUAAUCCUGAUUAAAUGCUUUAUCCUCUUUCCUUGUCCUAUCUUCAACAGGUUUGUCUUAGCCUUAUGAGAUGAACCAAAAAGCAACCAAGUGUGGAGUCUCUGAACAUGUCAUUACUUUUUCAAUUAAUGCAGAUUACACUGACCUCUUUCCAGAUGCACCCAGUUUAACUGCAUUUGGCAAGUCAUUUAUCUAAAGUGAUUUUGUGCCUGUUAUCCGCAUUAUGCUAUCAGGCUUAAUAAUAAAACAAUCAGCAAAAUAAACUGCUUAAGCAAGCCUGAGCCCAUCACCAAAUAGUUUGAAAACCUACCAUGCUAGUCUCCUGAAUUUAGCUAUAUAUCUGCAUAUUCUUACUAUUUCUGUAAUAAUGUGAAUUGUGUAUGUGUUCGUGCAAAGCACUUUCAUUUAUCCUUUUGUUUUGGAAUGGAAAUACAAUGUCAGAACAGUGUGAGGAAGGAACAGGGGUCUAGAUUUGUGCACCCAAGAAUCACACAUUAUGGGAACAGAUCUUUUUUACCUGAUUAACGUCACACACACUAUGCAGUUGUUCCUAUCAUUAAUGUUUAUUUGGUGACAAAUACUGUUUAGCCCCCACUCUCCCCUGGGACUGGGAUUAUUUGUGUGGGAUUAGGAGUGAGAGACACGAUCACCUCCAAAAAGGAAGGGCAAUAGAACACAGGGCAGUUGAACACAUAAGAGAAGUUGAGUCAAUUUACUUCUAGAGGUUACAUCCAGAUUCCAGGUAUUUUAAGGUUCCUAACAUACUUUCUCUGAUAUUGGCUAAAGAAGAGUGCAAAUCUUUCAGAAAGGCCGGUGGAAAUGAGAUGUGUGGGGAGGGCACAGUAGAGGCGAGCUUGGGAAAUAAUGGGUUUUUAUCCACUGCUAGUCCUUCUCAGAGUAAACCCAUUGAAGUUAAUGGACACAACUCACUUUCAUCCAACUUAGUUGGAUACAAGCCAAUAGAACUACUUAUAGAUUCCAAGACAAAGUAGCUGUUCUCCUCUAGUCCUGCUGCUUCUGUGCUGCUGCAAGCUAUGCCAUGACUGUUGAGUUGGCAUGUUGCCCAAACCUUGGCUCAUAGUUUUUCUCACUCCACAUGGCUUAGUGAUCCACACACUUCUCCAUUGUUUUAUAACUCUCAUACACAUACCUACUGCUGUAUAGCUCCCCCCACCCCCCAAAAAGGUCAAAGAUGAAUAUAUUUGAUGAAUAUCUUCUAUAGUGCAAUAUGUUGAGGUACUUUGCUGCCACAUGGUAUACUUCCACCAAGAAGAAAAUGGCCUGAAGAUCAGUAAUGAAGAAAAGGAACAGAGGCUUUAAUGGAGGAAGAGAGGUGGCUUGCAGAGAUAAUUCUGAAUAGUUCCUCUGCAAUUGACCACAAUUGCAAUCUCAAUCCACAAAGUUUAAGGCAGAGCCUGUAAAGAUGCAAGCACCGUUUUCAGCAAUUCCUUUGCCCAUUCAAUAGUCAGGAAGCACAGCAUAUGACAGUGAUUAAAAAGAAGAAGAGUGUCCAUAGUGACUAAAACAACCAUUUGUCCGCCAUAUGGGAAUCCUAGAUCUGAGAACAUCUCUUGGCAAGGAGAAUCUCUCCUGGAUGUAGAAAGGGAACACUGUUAAGUGAUUUUGUACUUGAUGGUGCCAACUCCAGAUUGAACUGGUCAAUGUGUGGGUGCUUGUUAAAGGAACACAACUUGCGUGUAGGUGGGGAAGGGAAAUGGAUUUCAGAAGGAAGAAUGACAUCAGCUAUCAGCUUUAACAAUGGCUUUUUGAUAUUUUAACUUCAGGUAUCAUCCCUUGGAAUGCUGUGCCUGGCAAGGCAUGUGGGUCAGCAUUAGCAGAUAUGUGCAGCACCCCUGAGGUAAACGAGACUACAACACCCGGUGCUUGUGUUGCAUAUCUUGACAACUGGGAUAUAAACAAUUGGUCUGCUAAAACAUUAAUGCUCGUGCCAUUUAUUUUGUUAAAAAAAGGUUUCUUAAUCAUGCAGAAUGAAUGAUACAACAUUCUGAGGAUAUAGGUCUGCACUACUUGUUGCGAGGUUAAGUGGUUCUGUGGAUAGCCAGUUGAGAGAUAAUGGUAUUUCUCCUCCCACCCCUUCAGUAGCUGGAAUACAUAGUGCUGAAAAAUUAUUUCAUCAAGCGACAUCAAUUUUGCAUAAAACACAUCAAUAUGGUAAACACUAGGAUACGGUGUAUAGACAAGUAAUCAAUGCUUAAUUAAUAUGCCAGGCUUCCUUUGAAUAAGGAACAACUGCAAAAAUAGUGCCCUCGGAAUAGGCUGUCUCCUAUCUUUAUUGCUAAGGCAUCAUACUGACUGGGCUGUUGUGGUCCACAGCAUCUCUCUCCUCCUAAUCAGUUUGUCUAACUGCGAUUGGGUUAGUGACAGGCAGUAACACACAGCUGCCAGUUAUAAAAGCACCUAUUCCAGGCAGGUUGGGCAGGUUUGCCUUAUUAUGCUGCCUUCCAUGUCAUUCCAUGCAUGUGGGUAACAAGGGCGCACACAGGUUUUUAAAUGUGUGGAGCAUCCCUCAGUUACGACUGUGGGCUAGAAUAAUGUUAAUAGAGGUUGGAGUGGUGCUAAUGGAACUGCUGUGGUGGUGGCCCUAGUCUCACUCAGAAUAAUAAUUUUGCAUUUGUUCAUUCUGUUCUCUUGGCUGGCAUGGAUAAAAAUUGCCCUGAAUAAGCUGCACAUGAGGCGACCAGCAUCCAGUUACUGAGGCUAACAUUUUUUUCCAGUCGCAAUCAGAGAGAUGAGUAGAAGUUUCCUGUAUGCAGAAUCUGAUUCCCACUAGGCUUCUUCCAUGCUAUCAUGGUCACACCUGUGUUCACAGUUGUGUGAAGGAACCUGGCCUUUAGGUACAACUGGCAGUGUUAUGUUGCAGCAACACUGGCACAGACUCCUUGUCAGAAUAGCUUGAAGUGCCAUAGGUUUUGACAUUGGACUUGCAGAGUACUCACUACGUCCCCUCAAAAAUAUUUGUCGGUGCAGUGGCUCAUGGAAUCAGACCUUCCUCCACACUAGGCAGCCUCCCAAGAGUUAUAUUUGUUAAUGUGCCAUGGAGCUCCUAGGACAAUGAUUUUCCUCUUUACUGUUAUAGUUCUAUUUGUCUUACCACCUGUUCAUUGUGGCGUGUGCUGGAGCUGGUGCUACUGUCAUAGCCCUGGUGAGUACCAUCAUCCUCUCUCUCUCAUAAAAUAACCACGUAUUCCCUUUUCAGAUGUAAUCUUUAAAAUAUUGUUUAACUUAAACUAAGUAAUAAUUUUUGUGUUUGUUGGCACCUGAUUGUAGUUUUCUCAGGAUAUUCCAAAUAGCAGGCAAGUGCUUACAUUUCCCAGUAAAGCUUUGCACCAAAGCAAGCUUUAAAAUAGUUCUUUUGGUUCUGUUGUAUUUUGCUAUUCGUUUACCUCCAUCCUGUUGCAUGGCCAAUUUAUGGCAUUUUUGAAUAUAGCUAUUUUGCCAUUAGUAUGUAGAACUUCCCAGCAUCAGGACACUUCAGAGGUUUCCUACAUUUGAAAAUAGUUUUAAUUAAUACUCCUGUCUUUCCUUCCUUUAAGUCCUUUGGGGAGUAUGAAAAGUACCUGAAUGUACUGAAGCUAGUUAGUCUGAUUAAAAACAAGACCCAUUUAUAGUCAAUGUACUGUUGCAGCAACCUGCAUUCAAUCUUCUGUUGCCAAAUUCAUUUAAAGUCAUAAUUUAUCAAUGUACUUCCCACUGAAACAACCAGGGACCCUUACAUAGCUUAGGUAAAGCAGAGCUAGUCAUUUUUGCCAUAGCUCUCAGUGAAAUCCGUGCCUGACACAGUAUAAAUUUUCAUUCUAACACAAAGAACUGCCUAAAAGGCCAGUAGAAUUUGUUGUCUCUUAUACGCUGUGUUUUGUUCUCUUCCACCAGCUGAUCUACAUGAUGGCUACCACAUAUAACUAUGCCGUUUUGAAGUUUAAGAGUCGGGAAGAUUGCUGCACUAAAUUCUAAAUUGCAUAAGCCCAGUAAAGAGCUGCACUGUGUAGCUUGAAAAACCACUGACACCCUAGACUAAAGAGUCUAGCUUUUUUGAAGUUUGUUACAGUAAAUUGUAAAUAGCUUCAGUAAGCAUCUUUAAGCAUUUCAGAUUAAUUCAAAUUUAUUUCUUGUAUAUGAAUAAUGAUGUGGGUGAGAGCUGGCUAUUUUCUAUACUAUGAGAGGAUUGUUAUUUUCAGUGAUGUUGUAAAUCAUCCCUUUAAAGGAAGGAGGGCUUUCAUUUAACAUCAAGCUAUAUUUUUUUUCUAACAAUCAUCUCUGAAAUAAUUACUGGAUCAAUUAAGGGCCUGUAAUAAGUUAUUUUGUCUCUGCUGUUCACUAAUCUGAAAAAUAAUAAAGCAUCUGUUCUACAAAUAGAUGGCACACAAGAUACAUGCUUGAUUCUUGAUAACUGUCAGUGCCUACUUUUUAGAUUGCUGUCAAAGUGCUCUUCUAAAGUACCACACAUUUGCCUCUCAUUUUUUCUGUAUAACACCAGCCCUUUGGGUUUUUACUGGUCAAAUGUUUUGAGAGACAACUAAUUAGGCUCAUUGACGAACACCCUUUUCAUUAGCUGACAUUUUCAUUUCCCCCCCAAAAUAAGAAACAAAAGCCAUGCAGUUCUGCAGCAAAAGCAUGGAAACAAGUUCAUUCCACCCCAACCCUCGCCUAUGAGAAAUAGAAAACAUCAACUUUUGUGGCAAAGGCUAUGUGCUACUAACUUAUUUGUCAGUGAUCAGCUUCCAAAGUAUAACCAUGCAGCACGCAAAGCAAACCCUUUUAUAUAGAAAGCUGCAUUUUAGAAAAAAAACUAUUUUUGCCCCAGUGAGUAUGGCGAAACACAACUGUCCUAAGAGGAUAACUAUAUAAAAUUUCCACAUUACAAUUUUCCUUUACUCAAGAGGAUGGGGGAAGAAACAGGGAAAGGAAGAAACGAUCACAGAUUUAUCUUGAGUUGCUCUUCUAGGCUUCAGCAUGUAAACUUGCAAUGUAUUUUCAAAGCUUUUCCGUUUCUGUUGUUCUUUCGCAUUAACUGCUUUUGUUCCUAUUUCCUACUAACUUUUGCCAGUACCUACUUAGUAGAAUUAAGCAUGCAAAAUUCUAGAGAUCUUUAGAAAUAAGCCUCUUUGCCUUUUUUAAUAUUUAAUAAUGUAGAAUAACUUUUAAAAAUUAAUCUUACUAGCUGCCUGCUUUGCCUCUUGACAUGCUCACUAGCCAUCAUGCUCACCCUUCUCUUCCAGAUACACUUCCUCAUGAUACUGUCCUCUAACUGGGCCUACUUAAAGGAUGCGAGCAAAAUGCAGGCUUACCAGGAUAUCAAAGCAAAAGAAGAACAGGAGCUUCAGGAUAUCCAGUCUCGGUCCAAAGAGCAACUCAAUUCUUACACAUAA